AUGAAGACUCUCCUUGCUGUGCUGGUCCUGUUUGCUGCUGUGCUACACAGUGAGGGACUCAAGUGUUUCACCUGUGUGGCUAAUAACCAGGACGAGUGUAACCGGCAGGGGUCUACAGUGUGUCCGGCUCACUCAGAUGCCUGCUCUACUAUCACAGGACCCCACUCAGUGAUGAAGUCAUGUGCUUACAAGUCCUUCUGUGACAAGUCUCACAUGAGCAAUGGUGAGAUGAAGCUGGAAUGUUGCUUCAGCGAUGACUGUAAUGGCCCUCACCGGUCCCACAGCCACGGGGAGCACCAAAAUGCUGCCAUGGCACUGAGCUCCAGCCCUGUCCUGCUCAUUGGGGUCCUGCUCAUUAGAGUGGCUGUCAAUUCACUGUAA